GAUCUCUCGCACAACGUCGCCAAGAGCGUCUCGCUGACCACCUUCGUGGCGCUGCAGCGCUGGCUCCAAGAGGAGGUGGCCGUCUUCCGCCGGCGCGCGCUGAACCUCCUCCCGCUGCUGGAAACCGACCGCGAAGACGUGGCGCCGCCGCCCGUCAUGCUGCAGCUCUCGGCCGUUCAGGCUGCGAUCCCUUUUGACCAAUGGGCGCCCCGCGUCCCGGAGCUGCUGCGCCGGAUGCUGGUCGAGUUCUUCAAGUGUGACUGCCCGCUGCCGGCGGCCAACGGGGGCGUGGCCAGCGGCAGUGGCGAGACGCGGCGUUUCCGGCAGAUCGGGCGGAUCGUGGCGGAAUUGGAGUGCCGCCUGCAGCAGCGCACCUGGCUGAACCGGCGCACCUACCGCAAGGCCGUGCUGCAGAAGCGGCCGGGGACGCUGCUGGGUCUGGAGGAGCAGUGGCGGCUGGAGUGCCAGGUGGCCGAGCGAAUCGCCGAGACUGCCGGGCGGCCGGUGGACCUGCACUUCCGCCUCACGCUCCUCCACAACGCCGUCGAGACGGAGCGGCUCUGCGUCUUCCUCGCCGCCGACGAGUCCUCCACUGAUCUCCAGAAUUUGAUUGAGUUUCUGCGGCGUUUCCUGCGUCUGGGACAGAGCGCGGAGCUGGAGAACGGGCGGGAUUCGGCGGAGGACGCCGCAGCGGCACCGGCACACCGCGUGGACUGAACGGAUCGCGCUGGCCGGAGUCCCGCAGCGGGGCCAAGGGCGCCGCUAGUCGUUGUUGUUGUUGUUGUGUUUCCGGCUGUGUUUACUCGCCAUUGACUGGGAAGCGGUGCGCGGCGCGCUGUGGAUGCACGGGAAUGGGUUGUUGAUUAAUGACUUGUUGAGGUGAAGUGUUUCUGCAUAGAUUCCGGGAUGGUUGGGGCUUGUGUUUGUUACGGUGAUGCGGUUGUUCUGGCUGGGAGCGCCAGUGUACGCACGCUGCUGGGUUGUGCGCCGCAUUGGGCGGAUGAAAAUACGAGUAUUAAUGAUGAAAGUG